AAACAAAGUGUUUCAACUGAAUUAUUUUAAUUGUCGUUAUUAUCAUUGAAAACCAGUAAUAUAAAUAAUGUCCAAACCAUCCUCUAUAUUUUCUUACUCGCCAAUGAAAAAUGUGAGAUCGUCACCGGCGUCAGGUAGAUCUAACGGUCCAAGUAAAACGAAGAACCAGCAAGUCAGCUCUACGGUAGCUGAAUCUAGUCCGAGGAAAUGUAGAAUACAGACUGAGGUUAGAAGCAGUCCUGCUGGUACCAGAAGUACAAACAUUAAUGUCACAAGUCGGCUGCAAAUCACAGACAUGUCAUCCAAGAUGAACAAAGGGCGGCCAGCCAUCAACCCUAGUCCGAGAAAGGAACAAUCAAAUGAGGAUAAGAGAGAUACAAAGAAACCAACUUCUGGUUCAAAACUGUAUUCAGUUUCUGGGGUUGUAAAACUGCGAAAUGCAAGAGACAACAAGCCUACUUCUAGGAGAGGACUGUUUGAAGGAGCAGCUGAGAGUUCCGAUAUUCCAGCCAACAUAAAUGUGAAGACUAUGAGGUCUUGUUUUGAACGGAAAGAGAAUCGAGUUCCUGCUAAACCUCCUCCAUCUCCUUCUCCUUCAAGAGCUAAACCUCAGUUGUCCAACAUGAGAAAUAACGACAUUAUCAAAGGAAUCCUGUCUUCCAAAAGUAGGUUUGAUCAAUCCAGUCCAAGCAAGUUUCGAGUUCCCUUGAGUCCCAGCACUCCGACCUCUCAACCUCAACACAAGCUGCGACGAUCUGUGUCUACUGGCACUCUUGCUGCAUCCACCGACAGCCCGGCCCGUCCAAUUCUUUCUCGGUCUCACAGUCAAAAUAUGAUGACACCCAAACAUCGGGUGAGGUUUGAAGACGAGGCCACCCCUGGGUGUUUCUCACCCGUGCUGCUAGACACUCAGUCUGUUGUGGGUGAGACUACAAAUCUCACAGUGGCUGUGAGACUGCGACCUACCUUCCCAGGCGAGCGCAGUGUAGUCACUGUAGACGAUGGUACAGUGAGAGUGCAUGGCCUGGGAUCAGAACAUUGCUUCUCAUAUGACUACUGCUUCGACUCCAACUGUGACCAACAACAGGUGUUUGACACCAUGGUCCAGCCACUGGUAGAUGCUGCAUUCCACAGCUACAACGUUUGUCUCUUCGCCUACGGUCAGACUGGUUCUGGAAAGAGUUACAGCAUGAUGGGUGAAGAAAGUAAAUCGAUUGAAGACGUUCCUGAGAAAGCAGGAAUCAUCCCAAGAUUCUCCAAACAGAUUUUCAACACAGUUGAGGGCUCCAAGGAUUAUUUGAGUGCACAAAUCGAAAUAAGCUAUUUUGAAAUUUACAAUGAGAAGAUACACGAUCUGCUCCGUCCGUCAGAGGAGAGCGGCAGAGCUGCUCCAUUGAGGGUGAGGGAACACCCGGAAAUGGGGCCCUACGUGGUGGAUCUGACAGUCCGUAAAGUCUGCUCUUUCAGAUCACUGCAGGACUGGCUGAGAAUAGGCAACAGUCACAAGGCUACGGCAGCCACAGAGAUGAAUGUAAACAGCUCUCGGUCCCACUCCAUCUUCACAAUCACACUGACACAAUCACAGGAUGAUGAUCGACCAAGUGUUUGCAGUAAGAUCAACUUGGUGGAUCUGGCUGGCAGUGAACGGUUGGCUCACACUUGUGCUUCUGGUGACAGACUGAAGGCAUCCUCCAAAAAUCCUUAUAAAAACCCUCUGAUUCAGUUACAUUUGAAGGAAGGUGUGAGCAUCAACCGCUCCUUGCUGACUCUGGGCAAAGUGAUCUCCUCUCUGGCUGAGAACAAACGAGGAGGCUUCAUUCCCUACAGAGAGUCUGUCAUCACUUGGCUGCUGAGGGAAAGUCUGGGUGGCAACUCUCACACAGCCAUGUUGGCCACCAUCAGUCCGAGCAGUCAGUAUGUAGAUGAAACAUUGUCAACACUGAGGUAUGCCUGUCAAGCACGUAGCAUUGUCAACACUGUUCGUAUAAAUGAGCGACCUCACGAGAGAAUGAUCAGAGAACUAAAACAGGAAGUUCAAAGGUUGAAAGAAGAUAAUCGGUCAGUAGAUCAUAAAGAAUGUGAUCAAAAACUACUUACACUUCAAGAACAUCUCGAUCGGACUACUAAAGAACUGGCCAAAGCUAAAAUCUUCUGUGAUCAAAGUGAGAAAGAAAUUUUAAAAUUGGAAAAGGAAUGGGAAAAAACUAAAGUCAUUGACUUUCACGAAUAUUGUAAUCAGAAGAUUCAAGAUUUGGAAAAUGAGUUAGCUCUGACUGAAAAUCGUAACAAGAAAUUAGACAGAGAAAUCAAGGAAUUGAAAAAAGAUUGUUCGGAGGUAAAUGAAGAUAAGUAUGAAUAUGAGAUACAAAUAAGGCAGUUGAAAGGCACAUUGGAAGAUUUAAAUGAAAGGUACAACCGUAACAAAGAAGAAUUAUGUCGGCUUGAGAAUGAGUUGGAAGAGAAUCAAAAGGAAAAUAAGCAGCUAAAAGCUGAGACCAAUAAACUGAAAGAAGAUCUUUGUGAAUGCUCGGAGAAAAAUCAUAAUUAUGAAAGAGACAUUAGUGAGAUGAAAAACAAUAUGUUAGAAAUAAAGAAUAACUUCAAUCAUAACCAUUGUGACAGCCAAAUACUGAUGUUGCAGACAGCCCUGUGUGAGGCAGAAAGGUUUACUCGUCAAUAUCAGGAAAUAUCUCAAACUUUAGAGAAAAAAUGUACCGAAAUGACAACUCAAUCCAAUCAUGAAGGUUGUGAAAAAGAAAUCAGCACUUUGAAGGAAACAAUAAACGAAUUAAAACAGUUUGCUGACCAUGGAAAAUGUGAUAAAGUAAUUGAAAAAUUGAAAAGCUCUUUGACGGAAUCAGAAAAAAUUUUAUCAGACUUACAAGAUGAAAUUAUCAAAUUUAAAGAAGAAAAUUCCAAGCUAGAAACAGUCAAGGAAAGAAGCCACAAAGAAAUCCUUUCCUUGAAGAAAGAGCUCAUGCAAUUGUCUAAGACAGCAAGCCAUACUGAAUGUGAAGAGAAAUUAGACACUUUGAGAAAGGCCGUUGCUGUUGCAAGAUCGAUGAAUGUCCACAUUCAAUGUGAAAACCGCAUCAGUGAACUUGAGAAGGAAGUGCGAACUUUGCAGUCGGUAGCUCAAUCAGACCACAAUAAGUAUAAGGAGAAAAUUGACGGUCUGUUCUACGCAGUUGAAAAGUAUGCUGAUGAGAACAGCAAUCUCACAAGAAAACACGAGGCAGAAAUCAGCCAGUACAUUGAUGAAAAAGACAAGCUGAUAAAAACGCACAAAGAAGAAGUCAAUCAGUACGUCGAAACAAUCCAAAGUUUAGAAGAUGAAUUAUCUGCUUUGAAGGGUGAAUUAGAGGAUAAGAAGAAUAUUAAACACAGUUAUCAAGAUGUAGUGUACUUAGAAAGCCAGCUGAGAUCUGUGAAAGAUGAGAAUUCAAAAUUGAAAAAGAAGAAAGUUGAGGAUGAAAAACGGAUAUCGUCUAUGGAGCAACAGGUCAUUUCUCUCACAAAAGAACUUUUAGAGGUGAAAAAUCAACUUAGAGCUUCUGUGAGGGCGAAAGAGUCAAGUGAGUCCCUGUGUACUCAACUACAAGAACAGCUGUCCCAGCAAGAUCGGAAACUUGCUCUCUCAAAGAGUUCCAGUCAAAUUGAAGAUGAUAAAGAGAAUUGGGAGACACCAAGUAAAGUGAUUAGACGUUCUAUUGCUCAGCAUUCGAAGUCUAAUCGAAGUGCAAGAUGCAGCUUUGUGCUGAAGGCAGAAGAGAUUCAUCAGUCACUCAAAGAUGCUGAGGACAUUUGUUCCAGACUCAAAAUACCUUGGGUGUUUCAGCUGGAGCCGGAAGUGACGACUCACAGCUGGUUUGACGUCAAUGUCCGAGUGUGGGAUCAGAGGACGAUGAGUUCUGUCCGUUGGCCUCAGGAUGUGUUUCUGGGUUGGCUACGAGAGAUGAAGGAUACAAUCCUGUCAAAGACCAGAGGGCACAAACUAUUUCAUAGUGCCACAUGGAUGCAGAACUCACAAGACCCUAAACCACUUCCUCUCGAACCAGUUCCACAAAACAACAAGAAACCGUGUAUAGAGCAGGAGGUUGACAGUUUAAGAAGUAGGAUCAUGGCUCUAGAGCAGCUAGUCAACAUAGAGGACAAACACGAGGCGUUGUCUGCUGUCACAUCUCUAGGUAAGGCUGUCAAACAGCUUAGCAGUCAGCUGGGACUGUCAUCUCCUGUUAAAUCUCAACAGCCAAACACACGACGCAGGCUAUGA